AUGACCUCGAAGCAGACAACAUCGCAGGUAGAACCCAAGGACCUUCCAACGCCAAUAGGAAAGGAUGCAAUGUCCAAGGCACUUGGUCAAGCCUUUCUAGCUCACCAGGUCCGUCAAUUGGAAUCAGGCGCCGCUUCUAGGGGCAAGCCUCACCGUAGAGGAGGUCCACGGAGACCUCAGGACGUCGUAGGGAGGAGCAAUAACCAAUCUAUUCACACGCAACAAACCCCAGGAGGGCGCCUGACGACCAAUCAUGCCAUUCCGGCUAUCAUCGUCCUGGACACGAGCAUUUUUGUCCAUAGCCUCGAUCAGAUUAAGAAAUGGCUCUCUGGUGAGAGACCUGAACGACUCGUCGUUCCACUGGAAGUACUCAACACUCUCGACUUGUCAAAGAGGGGUGAAUCUCCAUUAUCAGCACAAGCGCGUGCCGCUUCUCGGUUUCUUGAAGAGCAGAUAGGCGCAAAUCCGAAAAUUGUACUGCAAGAUGACAAGGCCAUUGGCGAAUGGCCUGUCGAGACGGACGAAAGCACUAUCACGGUGCCUCAAUGGGUGAAAAACACGCUCGCGUGUGCCCUAUGGGAAAUGGCAAAAGGGGACCAAUCUGUGGCGAUAUCCGUCGUCGAGGCUGGUGCUUUGGGAGGUGAAGAAGCCAAGAUUGCCGAUCGUGUGCCCGAGUGCCAGUACUUUCCAUCGCGGAAGGCAGGCGGCAAGCCUGGUAUUCGCAAGAGCGAAAAGAAGGAAGAAAGAAAUCAGAUUCCAAGCCCAGAGCUGUAUACACCAGGCAUUACGGAUCAAGCACUGGUCCUAGCACUACUCCCCUUGUCGAGAAGCCAGUAG